AUGGGGAAACUGAGGCCAAGGGCCGAGGUGCUGACCCGGGGCUGCCUGGCGAUGGACACCCGGAAAUGUCUGCUCUACGCCCUGACCACAGACCACAGCUCCCUCCCCAUCCCUUCCUGGUCCUACUUUUGGGGCUGGAUCAUUGGGACUUCCUCCACUGUGGUGGUGCCUGGAGCCCAUGCACUGCUCAGACUGGAGCCCACACGACAGGUGUUGAGCAAUGCCGCUGUUAUCCAGCACCCCGGUUACCAGCCUGCCACACGGGGCAGCGACAUCUGCCUGUUAAGGCAGAGCUGGCUGAUGGAACUGAAUGUCUGCAACAGCUCCUGGCGGGGCCAGCUGAACUCUGCCGUGCUCUGUACCCACAGUGGGGACCGCCAGUGGUGUGGUUUCUGUUUCUAUGAUGGCUUGUUGUGUGAGGGAACUGAGGCCACAAAAGGGGCAGACUCUGGGGGACCCUUCUUGGUCUGUGGGAGCCGGGCUCAUGGCCUUGUCUCCUUCUCAGGUCUCCGGAUGUCUAUACUCAGGUGUCUGCGUUGGUGGCCUGGAAUGUGGUUCUGA